GUUUAAACCUCACCCACAAUCUUAUCAAUUCUUGUGCUAUUAGCGCUGCAGAGAGGAAACGCCUGGCCCACGUCUGUAGUGCGUUGGGCUUUGUUAGAGGAAGGGGCACAAGAAAUGGACUGAAAUCCGCUGGUUGGUCUGAAAUAAUUCAGUAUUGCCUUGUUCAUUUGGCUUGCAGAGUGCUGAGGAGGACUGUGUUCGUCUUCUGAUUUAGAGAAGAGCCUUGUUUGAACUUGGCUGGCCGCUCAAAGUAACCCUCAAUUCUUGGACUGAACUAUAUACUACUUCUCUCUGACCCUCCUUUGGCCAUCAGUACCCAUGUACAGCAGCGGCUACUCCGAGGUCUCUAAGGACAGCCCAGUGGCCCGAAAGAAGAUGCAGUACCGCUCAAAGGGCAAGAGCUGCGGCUACUACAUGCGCAUUGUCUUCUUCUUCUCUUCGCUUAUUCAGUCUCUUAUCAUAGUUAGCCUGGUGCUCUUUCUGAUUUACGGUAAGAAGCAGGACUCAGCGUCCACGUCACGCAUCCAGGACCUGGAGGAUAGCUUCAGCCGACUCUCCAUAGAGAAUGUCGCCCUGAGGCAGCAGAGGAAGAACCUGACCAACUUACUCAACACCACCCUGACUAACAAGGCCCGUAACGACUGGGACCUGGCAGAGUUGCGCCACUUUGCAAACAUCUCAGCGAUCCUUAUCAAAGAUAUCGACAGGAGGCUGCAACAGUGCACUGGCGAGUUUAUGAUGUGCAAGACCACACCACGUUUACCUAGCCAUUGCCAAACACCAUCAACACAUUCAGAUAGAUGUAACUGUGGGCUGCUGGUUGAACAGCUGAAAGCCAGGCUUGAGUUUGUGGAGUCCAACUUCACGCAAACAACACAGAGGAUGAGGAUGGAAAUGGACCAGAUUACCAAAGAAAGGGACAACGUUAACUUGGAGGCCAUCCGUCUGAGGAGGGACAAAUCCACACAUGAAAAGGAGGUGGAGUUCUAUAGACAAAAAUGCAAAGAUGACUUUUCCCAGUCCUUGAGUGGAGUCUCCAAUGUCACUAAGGCUUUCCUACAGAAGGUCGAUUCCCUUUUCCCUGCACACAUCGCCUUCCAGCUCACCUGUGCGAAACAGAGGGAACACCUGGAGCAGAUCCGCACCAAUUGCACCAGCCUGUCCAGAGAAGUGGAGGACAGGUUCCAGCGUUACCUGAACAGUGUAGGAGAACAGGUGUCAAGCAUCCAGGGUGAGAACAGCCGCUUGAAGGCAGAGAACUGGCGAUUGUCUGAGGACUACCGCUGGUGCAGCCAGAACCGCACGGGCCUGAUCCAGCAGCACAGACAGAACUUGGACAAGCUUCAACAGAAACAUGAUGAGGACAAGGAGAGACUCCUGAUGGACAAGAUGAGGCUAAAUGGAGAGAUAGAAGUCCUGAUCAACAGUGUCAAAUAUAAAAGUAAAGAGGUCGAGCACCUUACAGAGAAAAUCAAGUAUCUCAACAUGUCCUGCAUUUCUAAGCCUGGAUUUGGUGGAUUUUCAGGGGGCUCAAACUCUUGGACAGGCACACAGAGUCAACCUGGCUUCAGCGGGUCAGCAUUCAAUAAGCCAGGGUCAACUGGGGCGGGUUCUUCAAGCUCAUCCCUCUUCUCGACUGGGUUGGGUAGCUCCACCGGGUCAGCAUUCAAUAAGCCAGGGUCAACUGGGGCGGGUUCUUCAAGCUCAUCCCUCUUCUCGACUGGGUUGGGUAGCUCCACCGGGUCAGCAUUCAAUAAGCCAGGGUCAACUGGGGCGGGUUCUUCAAGCUCAUCCCUCUUCUCGACUGGGUUGGGUAGCUCCACCGGGUCAGCAUUCAAUAAGCCAGGAUCAACUGGGGCGGGUUCUUCAAGCUCAUCCUCUUCUCGACUGGGUCGGGUAGCUCCACCGGUCAGCAUUCUCCACCGGUCAGCAUUCAAUAAGCCAGGAUCAACUGGGGCGGGCUCUUCAAGCUCAUCCCUCUUCUCGACUGGGUCGGGUAGCCCCGCCGGGUCAGCAUUCAAUAAGCCAGGAUCAACUGGGGCGGGUUCUUCAAGCUCAUCCCUCUUCUCGACUGGGUCGGGUAGCUCCACCGGGUCAGCAUUCAAUAAGCCAGGAUCAACUGGGGCGGGCUCUUCAAGCUCAUCCCUCUUCUCGACUGGGUCGGGUAGCUCCGGGUCAGCAUUCAAUAAACCAGCCUUCCCAAGCUUUGGAUCAACAGGGUCAAAUCCAAACCUUGGCUCAAGUGGGAUAGGCGCAAAUAAGCCAGCACUGAAUGGGAAAGGCUCAUCAGCCAGUGGGUCAUCCUCUGGGCCAACUGGAUCGACGAAUAAGAGUGGGUCAAGCAGCUCCCCAUUUUCUUGGUUUAACUCAGGUCUAAGUAAGACAGGAAGUGGAACAGGGAAAGGAACAUCAAGUGGGACUAGUAAUGGUGGAACUGGAUCUUCAUUUGGUGCAGGAAAGACGAGUGGAUUCGGAGGUGGCCCAGUCAGCGUUACUCAGCACCUUCAAGAUCUGCAGCGCAUCAUCAACCCCCCUGGCCCAGAGGAGAAACAAGAUCUCGCCAGAAUGUUGGGUUAGACCAUCUUGACUUAAGAGAUUUAUCUAGAUGCAUCUAUUACCCACAGCUAAAUGCAAGCUUCUCAUAUUGAGUUCAUAUAUUAUUUAUCAAUAUAUUAUACACUGUUUGUGACAGUUUAUAAUUCAAUAUGCAUUUAGAAAAGUAAUUUGAAUAACGUUUGCACUUUUUUAUGUACAAUGUGAAGUUUGUGUGUUAAUGAUUUGUAUCUACUCAGUAUGCAGCUUAGCAUGAAUAAGCAAAUGUAGUAUUUUUACACUGUAAACACAGAAAAAUAAAAGCUUUGUUUAAACAUAA